CAUGGUGUAGUAGGACAAACGACUGGACAAUAUACUGAUACCGUUUGAAGGUAGUUAUUGGCCUUCCUCGAUAGUCUUAGGAGUACGUUCUUUCUACGUUCGUUUAAAGUUUCAAAAAAUAUAUAUCUUCUUAAAAUAUGUCUUUCAUUCAGAAUUUUAUCAGAAAUUUUGUUCCAAAAGUUAAGGCUGACGACGAAGACGGAGAGCUAGUAGAUCCUCAAACAGUUCUCCGUGAACAAUGUUCAGAGAAACACUGCGAAAAAUUAAAAGAAAUAUUGAACACAUGUAACGAUCGUGUUAAUUCGAGAAAGCAAACCGAAGAAACAUGCCUUGAAGAAUUGGUAGACUAUGUGCAAUGCGUAGAUCAUUGCGUGGCCAAAACUCUUUUCAGCAAAUUGAAAUGAAUUAAUGACAACUUCACAUGGCUAUUGUUGCAAAUAAAUUACAUAGAUUAAUUCAUGUAAGCAUUGUAUAUAUGAUGAAUCCAAUAAUAGAAAUAAAAUGUAACUUAUAGAGGAUGAUUUAUGUCAUAAUGAAAUAAUUAUUUUUCUGUUUUGUAUUUAUAAUUUGGAAAUUGUUUUAACAAAUUUUUACUAUUAAUAAAGUAGUACAAUAAAAAGUA